UCUGCAGGUUCUGGGCUGUAUCAUUGUAACGAUGAAAUUGAUUGUGGCGUGCUCUGGCAUUCAAAGUGUUUCCAGAACAAAUGUGUCUGCAACGCGAAACAUAUUGCCGUCAAUGCACUGACUUGCUUGCCAACUCUGGGCGGGACUUGCUGGAAAGAUGAUCAAUGCAUGACGGAAAAGACACACUGCGUUGACUUUAAAUGUCAAUGCAAGCCCGGUUUUGUUUCUGUGGCCGUAAAUAUGUGUGUAGCAAAUCUCAUAAAUUCAGACUGCGCUGCAGUGAAAUUCGCGGUAUGUUCAAAAAAUAAAUGCGCUUGUCCAAUCGGACUCCUCAGUGUCAAUGCAACAACCUGCGGGAAAGCUUUUGCGGAUCUAGGGAUGACUUGUUUUCACGAAAGCAAUUGCAAUCUGAUCAAAAACGCGCAAUGCUUUGAGAAUCAGUGCAGUUGCAUGGACAACCAUAUAGAAAUGAAUGCAUUCACAUGCACUCCGUUGCUCAACGCCACCUGCUCCGAUGAUCUGGUGUGCGCUCCCAAGAACUCGGCCUGCGUUGAUCAUAAGUGUCAAUGCGAGUUCAGUUACUUCCCGAAGUGCAACUACGAGAGUGUCUUAGGGUACCUGGAACUGCCAUGCAGAAUUGACGAGGACUGCAUUUCUAUCCUUUACGCAAAGUGUUCUGACGCUGGAAAAUGCAUCUGCCAUAAGAACUACGUAAUAACUGGAACAACAACUUGUUCGCCAACUUUGGGAGGUAACUGCUCAAGCAACCGCGGAUGUGCCACUGUCAAUGCAGAGUGUUCCAGGAACCAAUGUCGCUGCUCCCCAGGAUACACGCAGCACUCUGAUGACCUCUGCUUUUCUGUGUUCCUGGGUCAGAAGUGCGACAUUGACGAAGAUUGUGAUGAAAUAUCAAACGCUGAGUGUUCUCACAAGAGAUGUCAAUGCAAAGAAGGGUACAAAAAGUUCAACCGCAAGGUGUGCUUGCCUCUGAUUGGCACGCGCUGCAUCGAACACAAAGAGUGUGCUGUCUACAAUUCUAAUUGCGUUGAAAAUACGUGUCAAUGCUUGGAUACUUUUGUUCCGCAGACUCAGUUCGAGUGUGUGGCGACUGGCAUUAACGUUUCUUGCCUCACGGAUAGCGACUGCAAACUAAUAAAUACGCAUUGUUCAAAGCUUAAAUUCUGCGUUUGCGAUCAACAUUACAUUUCGAUGGACAAUAUGACAUGUGUUUCAAUCCUCGGAGGUUAUUGCUCGGAAAACGUGACCUGCACCUCUCCUAAUUCUGAGUGCAUUGACAAUAAGUGUCAAUGCAGCCCGAAUUAUACUCCAGGGCCUUACAAUCAGUGUUACCCAAAUUUAUUAGGAACGUCUUGUCAAGCGGAUUAUGAUUGUCAAUACAUCCCCAAUGCAAUUUGCAUUGACAAGAUUUGUGUGUGCAAGCCCAACACAUUUGCAUUGACCCCGUCAGCCUGUACCCACUUGUUGAACACCUCCUGCUCGUCUUCCGCUGAUUGCGACGUUGAAGCGUCGCACUGCUUUGAGAAUAAGUGUCAAUGCAAGCCUGAGUGGGUAGCACUCACUGAUAUGACAUGUGUAGAACAUUCUGCGGUGUAUGAUUGCAAAGAAGAUUUUGAAUGUGGCGAGACCUGGCGUACUAGAUGUCAUCAAAACAAAUGUGUCUGCAAUGCAAACCAUAUUGCUGUCAGUGAACUGACUUGCUUGCCGAUUCUGGACGGAACCUGCUGGAGAGAUGAUCAAUGCAUGACGAAAAAUUCUCAUUGCGAUGGCUCUUGGUGUCAAUGCAAGCCUGGUUUUGUUUCUGUGGCUAAAAAUAUGUGUGUACUAAGUUGA